GAGGACCCUUGACUUAAUUGAUUUAAUUGAUUUAAACCAAUGUAACUUCGAUUUUUGAUUUUUGAUCGCCAUCUGAAGAAAGUUUGAUGAACUUCUUGGAUUGGAACUUUUUGCUGCUAAUGUCAGCUAAUGUGAACAUAACCAAAACGAAGCAGAAGCUUUUUCGCGAUUCUGCAAUGAUGGAAAUUUUUGACGUUUUAAUUUUUUCGUGAUUUUUCCGAAGUGUUUCAAAGUUCGGAUAUGAUCAUGUUAUGGAUGGAUAUAUAAUUAAAUUACUGCCUGUAGUCUUGUCACAAAGAACUCUUUGAUGUUGCCAUGGAUACGGGAGCACAUUGUGGACGCCUGGCAUAGCAGAAAGAGUUCAAGGGCCCAAAGAAGGUCCUUGAUUCUUUCUUCCGUCAGAUCAGGGGUUCCUGAAAAUCUUAACACCGCCAUGCACAUGCCAUCGUCUUCUGCACCCGAUACAUUUACCGUUAAUAUUAUCAGUUUUGGAGGAUCUGUACUGGAAGUAACCGUAAAACCAGAAUACACAGUCGAGAAGGUAAAAUCUAUAGCAAUGAAACACUUUUACGAGCAAGAUGAAUCCAAGUCUGCAUCCAGCUUUCGACUUGUACAUGUCAAUAAUUGUAAAGCACUUGCUGAUGACAAAAAAUUAAUAGAAGAGGACUGCAAUAAUUCUGACGAGCUGCUAUUAGCGGAGAUUAGAUCGUUCGAGGGAAAGGAAAAUUUAUCGGACGAAUUAUUGAAGGGGCCGACUGAAGCGGAAAUAUUACGCGCGACUGCUGAUUUGCCUAUAAAAAAUCCCCCACGACCUAUGCCACCUUCAGAUUGCCCAGUUGAUUUUCAGCACGAAAUUCACAAAAUAUUAAUAACCCUCGUGCAAGCUUCAGCCAAAAUUCUUAUGUACAGUCCGGAUGCAGAAAAAUGUUAUAAGAAUAUUAAAGAGAGACUAGAAGCCAGAUAUAAACCGCCGAAUGAUCCCAAGGCUGUGAAAUACCUUAUGGAUAUGGGUUUUACAGAAAAUAAAGUCAUCAAGGCUCUAAGUUUAAGAAAAAUGAACACAGCCGAUGCUCUAGAGUGGUUAAUAGAACACCAAGAUGAUUCUGACGAAGAGGAUUUACAACUUCCAAUUCUUGAUUUAGAUGCAAUGAUUGCAGGACCAAGCACAUCAGGCAAUAAUGACAUUCAAGUAGAGCCAAAUCUUGUGAACAUUGUGACUCUCACUUUGGAUAGUUACCGACAAUACAAAAAAUUGGAAUUUAAACCUAGUCCGAGAAUUAUGCAGUCUCUUCAAGAAAUGGGUUUUGAUGAGAAAAGAAUCGUCGAAGCACUCAAAGUCACUGGAAACAAUCAAGCUAAUGCGUGUGAAUGGUUGCUCGGAGAGAGAAGACGCAGUUUACACGAUUUGGACGAAGGCAUCAAACCAGAUGAGCCAAUCUACAAAGCAAUUAUGAGUAAUCCUCACAUACAGCUUAGUCUCACCAAUCCCAAAUUCUUACACGCUUAUUUAUCGAUUCUGGAAACACCAUCGUCGACAAAUUUAUGGAUUAACGAUCCCGAAGUGUCUCCCGUACUUAGCCAAAUAUUCAAGACAUAUCAUGCUGAAAAACAUGCUAUCGACAUGAGUCGAUACAACAGCUAGCGUUUCGGGAGUCUGGGUUCCAGCGUUAACAGAUUGUCGAUAUUUUCGUAUAAAUUUACAUAACAUUCUUUUUAAAUUCCUACUACCAUAACGAGUACUGUUGUUCAUCAGAUUCGGACGAUUCUUAAUAAAUAUUUAAAUCAGGGUCGUGAAGAACUAUUCAAUCUUGAAUUGAACUUUUCUUUCUGGAUGUUAACUAUGAAAAAAAGAUAUAUUAAUCUCGAAAAUUCUUGUAAGAAUCGUUUGAAUGUGGUUUAGAAAGAAAUGUAGUCGAUAUUUAUUAUAGAUUCUAGAUAUUUUUAUGGUCGAGACGAUCCUCGGAAGUUUCUUGUGAAGAAAGUAUUCAUAGAAUAUUUGCAGUUUUUAAUUUAAUUGAAUAAUAUUAUUGCUUGAUAAUCAUAAAAGAAUAUUCUUCAUGGAGAAUCGACUCGGCUUUUGUGUUCAUACUCGGUUAUAAAAUCAUAAAAUAUUUAUCAACCGAGGUAAAAAGUAGACCAUCAUGUUGAAAGUUGACGCUAGUCAGAUGAAAAUAAUUACGCGAUUGUUAAAAAUGUCCGCUAUUGUGAUUCAUUCGGUUUAAACCCACUUGCUAUAAUGGCACUGCUUCUCGUGGAUCGCGAUUUUUUGUGAUAUUAUAUAUUAUCCGUCGUUAUUCAUUACUUUUACAGUAUAGAAUUGCGGACGAUUUUACUCUUUUUUUACUAGUAAAUUUUAAAAAAAUGUGAAUCAUAAACAUUAUAGAAAUAUUGUUUUAUAUCUGUAUGAAUUUCCUUUAUGGCGAAUAGCAAAUGUUCUGCAAACGCGACACGAGGUUCUUUGCAUAAGCUUUAAGAUUCGGGAGCAAAGAAAAAUGUAGAUAUAUACAUAUUUGAAUGUUUAGAAAUACCGAACUGAUUCUAAUAAUUUUUUGAAAGCCAUUUUAUACUUCUCGGAUUUAUAUUUUACCUACAUUUGUGUCGCAACAUUUUAUGUAUAAACUAACUGAGAUAUCGAGAUAAACAUUUGGGAAAAUAAAUUUUUAUGGUUCUGAAUUAAUGAAAAUACAAAAAAAUCAAUUUUGGAAAUUUUUGGUUGUAUUUACAGAAAUGUAAAACUUCACAAACGGUCCCUAGUGCGUUUUGUAUAAUUUUUCAAAUCUUCAACUCAAUAUCUCAAUUCGUGUGAACGUGAAUUGUUGCGUCAAAAAUGUCGGUAAUUUAUGAAUCGGGUCAGUCAGUAUCACAUGGCCUUAAUUAUCUAAAUUAAUUAAAUUUGAUCUCUGACUUAAAGUUCCUUUAGGGCUAGAUAUAGAUCAUGUUUUUAGUCUAUUUUUAAAUUAUUAAUGUAUAAAAAAAAUACAAUACCUUUUUUUAUAAAAUGAUCAAACUAAUUUCUAUUUUUACUUGUGAAAUUUCGGAAAAUUGUGUAUUAAAUAAAAAAAGUUUAGAUGAAAUCUUCAGAUUCCAGUUAGAAAAUAGUCAGAAAUGUUAUGUUCAAUAUUUACUUACUUAUAUUGAAUGUGUAUAUUUGUUGCUUCCACUGAACAAUAAUUUUUUUUAAGAGUCGGAUAUAGUUAUAUGUUGAAAGAGAACUGACAAAAGAUAACACUUUCAGCAAAAAACUUUUUUAAAUGUAGUACAAUAUUUAAAAUGCGAAAAAGUAAUUAAAAUCUUGUAUGUUUUGUAGUAUGCUGUAUACAUUCCGUAAUUAAAAAAAGCUUCAUGUUAUAGGCAUUAUUAGAAUUUUGAAAUUGUUGACAAUUGCUCAUUCGAUGCAAAGAACACGACAAUGCUAUGUAAUUGAAUCUGAAGUAGACAAAAAAAAUAUUUUUUGAUUUGA